UUGUGUACUAAUCUGUCCUCUUACCUGAAAAAGCACCGCAAACUAAAUUGAACAACGGUUCUUAAUUAAUUAUGGUUCUCAUUUUAUUAAUUUUACCCAAAUUAAUUUGCUUACUGUAUUUUGUAAGGAUGGGAUUACAAGAAUCUGCCCCAAAAGAAACAAGUCUUGUUGAGGGCAGUCCAAGCUCAGUGUCUUUGUAGGAGGAGCCUUUUCCUUUGGCAGCCAGAGUUGCCUUUUCUUCUUCCCCAUGCUGCUAGAAUUUUCAAGUGCCUUCCAUUUUCUGAUUUGUACAAUAAAGCAAGUUUGUUGCUUGGAAACUGCUUCAGAGACUGCCUAAGUUGUUUUAUUCUGCUUUUACCCACUUCGCGCGUGCAAUGUCCACUGAAGGGUGCUUCGCAUUGCAGUAAUUUUGAUUUUUGUUUUCUGGCUGGUUCUCAUCAGAAGCUGCUUUCUUUCGCUCAAAGGGGUUUAAAAAAUGCCAAUGUUUCAGUCUCUUUGUAAGAGGGAUGGGGUGGACGGCCAGAUUCUAGAUCUGGACACGGCGGUCAAAGAUGGGGUUUUGGGUGGCGUCGAUUCUGGGUUUGUGGGAACAACUGGGGUUGCUGAAAAAUUGGAUCUUGGGAGAAUGAUUGAAGAGUUGGACUUGUGUGAUGUUCCCUCUGUGUUCAUUUGUCCAAUUUCUCUUGAGCCAAUGCAGGACCCCGUGACCCUUUGCACGGGCCAGACCUAUGAGAGGUCCAACAUCCUCAAAUGGUUCAGUUUAGGGCACCUAACUUGCCCCACUACAAUGCAAGAGCUCUGGGACGACACCCUCACUCCAAACACCACCCUCUACCGUUUGAUAUUCACUUGGUUCUCUCAGAAAUACCUUGUGAUGAAGAAAAGAUCAGAAGACGUGCAGGGGAGGGUGUUGGAGCUUGUUGAGACGCUCAAGAAGGUGAAGGGCCAAGCUCGUGUUCUCGCCCUCAAGGAGCUCCAUCAAGUGGUCGCUGCUCAUGCCACUGCCCGCAAGGCAUUGCUUGAUGGUGGUGGAGUCUCCGUGGUAUCGUCCUUGCUUGGUCCUUUCACUUCAUAUGCUGUUGGCUCCGAGGUCAUUGGUGUUCUUGGGAGUUUGAACCUCGAUUGUGAGUCCAAGAGGAGUUUAGUGCAGCCUGCAAAGGUUUCACUGAUGGUGGAUAUUUUGAAUGAGGGUUCAAUUGAGACAAAGAUCAAUUGCACUAGGCUGAUUGAGACACUGAUUGAAGGGAAGGAUUUCGAUUUGGAGAUUUUUAGGAGCCAUAGCCUUUUGGUUGGGUUGAUGAGGCUUGUGAAGGACAAGAGGCACACAAAUGGAAUCUUCGCUGGACUGAAGCUCCUCAGAAAAGUUUGCUCGCAUUCCGAAGUUAAGAGUUUGCUGGUGAGCAUUGGGGCUGUUUCUCAAUUGGUUGAGUUGUUGUCUGGUUUGGAGCCUGAUUGUUUGGAAUUGGCUCUUUCAAUUUUGGAUGCAUUGGCAUCCGUCCCUGAAGGCAGAUUAGCUUUGAAAGACUGUUCUAAUGCCAUACCCAUUAUGGUGAAACUGUUGAUGAGGGUCUCAGAGAAUUACACUAAAUAUGCAUUGUCAAUACUGUGGUCUGUGUGCAAGCUUGCACCUGAGGAGUUCUCUUUGAUUGCUGUGGAAGCAGGACUUGCUGCAAAACUCCUCCUUUUGAUUCAAAGCAAUUGUGAUCCCAUAUUGAAACAACAGUCGGCUGAGCUUUUGAAGUUGUGUAGUUUGAAUUAUUCAGAUACAAUCUUCAUUUCCAAGUGCAAGCUUACUAGAACCAUUCAAUGACUUGAUUUUAACCUGGUUGUAUCACAACUUGUAAAUUUGUAGGACAAGAGAAGCAAAAACCAGCUUCUUUCCAGGCUACAGAACUAAAAAAUCCCAGGAGUUGGCAUGGGGGUGGUGGUGCAAAAUGCAAAUCUCUCCUAUAUGUAUGCUAUUUGCGUUUUGAUUCCAGCCAUUGAUAUUUGAAUGAAGGACACCAACACACCUUGCUUGAGUGGGUUCACUUUUGAGUGUUUCUUGUCCUAGGUUGUUCUCAAUAAGCCCCAUCAAGAUGUUGAAAUUGUUUAUACUGCUUUUUGGGGGGUAUAUGGAUGAAAGAAAUCAUGUUAAUGUUGGAUAAAGAUAAUCUUAGGAGAGGGAUCACAACUAGGGUGGAGCUUGUAAUUUCAUUUGUAAUUUUUGAGGAGUUGCUUUGCUCCAAGGCUUCAUUGUAUUGUAUCAUCUUUCCCUUGGGGUUUUACAGGCCUCCAAUUUUCCCUAAAGAAUACGUUUUGAUUUUGACAUCAAACAUGUAUGGAGAGCUCCUUUGGCUUUCAAUUUUCAUUUAAUCUGUACAAUGGAAAUAACCAUUUUUAUUAUGCAUCACAAUCACAACUUCUCAAGCAGUGAUAUUGAUAUUAUUAAUUCUUCGAUCUCAAUUAUUCACUGUCUUUUCCAAGUGAAGAAACUGUAUCCUUGUUUGUGGGUUAUGUUUUGUUCUGCAGCAAGCAAAAUGACACGAGAGGUGGAAACAAACAAUGAAAGGCUAGGCCAGCAAAGUGAUAGCAGGUGAAGCAUUCAUCACAUGUGCUUGAGUUUAAACCCAACCCAAUAAAAUGAGGGUUCUUGGGACAAAGCUGAAAUGUGGCUAGCAAAGGAAAAGAUGUUAUUAUUGGUGCCUAAACUAGUUAUUGGAACCAACAAAGAAAAAAGUGAAGGAAGCAGAUAUCUAGAAUGAAAAGAAUAAUUUUAACUUGGCUCAGGCAGUUUUGAGUGGUGAUUUGUCUUUCAGAGUUGGAGGUGGUGAGAUGGAUGUUUGCAGCUGUAUAGAAGUAGAACCUAUAAGAUUUGUGUCCAGAAAGGAACAAAGGAGCAACAUAGUCAUUUGUUUUGGCCUAGAUGAUGUUUAUGAAAUUUGGAUCUAAGCCAGAUUCUUUUCAGAAUGAUGGGGGUAAUAUCAGGUGUGAGAUCAACCUCCUCUCUCUGCCUAGAACCUUAUUGCACCUGUGAUGUAUAUGCAUGUUACUUUACUGCCCUCUUUUUUUAGCUCUUUCUUGAGGGAUAUGUAUUUUUGCCUUUGUGGGGCUUGCUUUCUUACUAAUUUCCUUCCAAAUCCUAGUAUUAUUGGUUACUUUUCAGUUUCGUUCCUGGUAAUAUUUCAUUAUUCUUGUGUUUUGCCUCUACUAUGUGCAAUCAAUCUUGAUAGGCAUCAAAUCACUGGUAGUUUCAAAUCACUUUAAAAGUGUGAGGAAACAACAAUUAGUUCCUAAGGACUGGUGGGUGGAGGACCUUUGUGAUCUCCAUCUUGAUCUCUAAGAAAGGGUUAUAACAACAAUUAUAACCAAAGGCAAUGUUUGUGGUGCUGUAAUUGGAGGUCUAAAUGCAUAUGCCUCAAAAAGAAGGAUGCCCGGCUUCAACAAGGGUGUGAUCCAAGGAGGAGGAGAUAUUGUAAAGAAUAGAUUAUUGUUGGACAUGGCAGUGGACAUAGGCAGUGUCUCUUUCAGUUUCAAGCUAUUCUGUUGGAAUGUGAGGAGUUGGAGAGAUCUAAACUGAUUGGGAGAACAGGUAUGUGCCUUGAGGAGGCUAAGGUGCCUGAUCUAUUAAUUUGUGCCCCAGUUGGUGAGGCAGAUUUAGAUGUUGAUGCUGAGCAAAGACUUGUAGAAGAGAUUGAAGCGUGUGAUCAACAUGUUCAGACGGAUUCUGUGUCCUGCCUGCUUUAGAUUUGAGAAUCACCUCACCUUCGAACAUAUUUUAAGUUUUGCUUUUCUCUUUCUCUGCUUGCAGCUUGCAAUUUUCUCUUUAUAUGCUUGCCCCGAUUUAAUUACCGUGUUAUAUGUAAUUGAUUGAUCUUGUUAAUUAUGGGCCGUGAUGAUUUUAUCUAUCAUAUAUUAUAUGUGGGUGAUUUUCCCUUUCCAUGUUUAAAUUUGGGGUUUCUAAACCUUAGAAGCACAAAUUGUUGGGAUAUUACCACCGAGAACCCAAUCAAAUUAAAAUUUGUUUGAAGAUUUUUAAUUAGAUUGGUCUAGUUAUGUACCAAGAUUUUGUAUGGAUUUACAGCAUUGGUGUUGUUUCUGGGAAGGCAAUAUUUGGACCCCCUCUUGAUGUGUACUGGAAAAAGAAGCAACAGGAAGAGGCAGCUGCUGCUGCUAAGGAGAAUGACUCAACCCCAACAUAGUUCACCAUCAUCACAUUUUUUCUCUUUUUGUUUGGACUAAAGACGAGGAUUGAAAGUCCGAAUUUGAAUUUGCAUUGCAAUCUGUUACGGUUACUCUUCCUAAUGGGGGGAGUUUUGGUUCUCUUACUAGUUUGUAGAAGAUUCUUCAUAACUCAUUUGUCAGCUACCACUUACAAACAUUAGCUAUUCUUAAUCAUGCAUCCUUCCGUUUCCUUA